CCUUAAGGCUGACACCACAUUUCUUCGCUAUGGACCUUUCAGAGAAUGUUGUGUCCUUGCAGGAAUUUAUUGCAAUGGUUCCUAGCUCAUCCCUGCCCAGGAUCAUAAAGAUUGCCUCUGGGGUUUACCUACAAAGCUCUGUAUAUGAUAUCCAUGGAUCUGAGUGCUGUUUAUCUACUGGUGAUUUGGUAAAAGUCAUUGAAAAGGAGUUGCAGACCGUGUCUUGCGUGGAUCUGUGCACAGAAAUGAGUAGAGAGUUGCCACACAACUUUGCAGGUGAUUUCCAAAUCUGUGUUGAUAAGUGUGUCUAUGACACCCUUGAAAAGCUGAAGAAAGCGUUAUCCUGCGGUGAUUAUACUAUUCCAUUCUGGUUUGCAUCACAGGCUGACAUUAUCAUAGGAACUAAGGUCAUCAAGAAGAACCGUCCCAUUCAAUAUAUAUCAUCUGGCAAAUCUAAAAACAUCCAUUAUGCUAAAUGUCGCACCUGGGACGAUUCCAGGGAACUCUGCCUAAAACUUCCCUUCAAAACACCUGGACAGUUUUACGAAUAUGAAAGCGAAGAAACAUACAAACUAGGAGAAGUGUUGGAAUCCCCAGCAUUGAUGAAGCGCAAUCUAAAAUGCAGUAGUCUUGGGAAAAGUUCCUAUCGUCUUUAUCCAGUGUAUGAGAUGAAAACUAGAAUGCAAAUGAGAAAAGACGUUGUAAAAAUUCCAUCAAGUCUUGAAGUGGAUAUGGUUGACAUCACAAAUCAGUGUGGUGACAUUAACUUUACCUGUCCAUUGUCCCUAACUGAAGCUUUUGAGCAUAAUGAACAGUUCCCUGUGGUAGCAGAAAUCGUAGAGAGCUCUGAAUGUAAUCAUUUUCUAAAGAGUGAAAUUUUCUCUCAUUUGAAAAAAGGUCAAAAGCUCAUCCUUUACAAGAAAACUUUUUCUACAAAAGUGCUAGCUUCAGCCACCAAGAGCAAAGCUUUCAGGUUCUUUUAUAUCCAUGAUGUUUACCAAGGAAAAUUUCGUCAAAGACCAAGGGAAUUCCCAACAGUAUAUGACCUCUGGACCAAAGCAGUGGAAGGAAUUAAGCUUAAUGUUGUAGUGACAAAAGACUGUGAGAGUGUUGAUAAUGCAUUUCCUUCACUUAGCAUUGGAGAUCAUCUUAAAAUACUCUACCCCACCAAAACAAGUAGUGUGUACUCAGAAGAAACAGACAUACUGGUGUGCAGGAAGGACUCAGAGGAUGAUGAAGAAGAGCCAGAGGAAAUCAUGCUCCCCAUGUAUCUUGAAGGACGAUUUGUGGAAGAAGUAGCAAACAAUGCAAAAUUUACCCUUAACAAUAUAAUCCAGAAAUGUAAACUUCCUUGUGAGGUAAAGGCUGUGGUGAAGGACCCAUCCUUGACUACAGAUCCAUUGACUUCAUUUGCCUCAAUUAGACUGGAAGAGUUUAUUGAAGAACCUGUUUUGUUGGCAAGUUUUCUGAAAAAUCCAUCUGAGUGUUUCGAAAUUCCUAUUAAAUGUCUAGAUAUCUCUUUGAUGUUCCUUGAGGAGCCUGUCCCAGACAUAAAAGAACUGACCAGCACCCUGCGUGUGGAAGAGCUGACAGAAUGGUUUUAUUAUGAUCUGCAAAAACAGCUACCUGAAAACGUCCUUCCACCCCCUAGGCCUCCAAAAAGGCAAGUUAAUAUCCAAGUGGAAACUUCACACAAUUUACAUUUGAAAAAAAAGGAACCAGACCUCAUGGAACUAAAGCCACCAGCUCUACCAGAUCGUGUACCACAUAAACGUUGCCCAGUUGAAGCAGUUAAAAAGAACUUAGAAAGUUGUACAUUACAGAACAAGAAUACUUACACAUCUAUGCCUCUGAAGAUGAGUAUUUCUACUGAUGACGAGUUAGAAGAGGACCAUGAUUAUGAAACUAUUCCAACUUUAGAAAACCUGAAGUCAACGCAUGAAAUUAUUUACUGA